GCCCAAAAUGGCGGCACUAUUGAAAAGUUUGCGGCUGUUUUUGUUUUACUUUAUAAUAUUUGGUCCCUCUCUUACCGCGUCUGAAUAACUCGAUGUUUUGCGCGCAAUAAAGAGAAUAAGUGGUUUGUUUCCGAUCCACGGACGCGUGAUAUGGAUCGGUGUGUUUUUGUACCGGGGCGGUUUGUUUAGUUUAGAUUGGUAAAGCGCCACCGUUGACGUGUAUGAGGCAGAUGGCACCGAACCCGUGGACAUCGCUCCUGGUCAAAUAAAGUUAAAAUGAAGAGCAUCUGCACGUAGAGAUGGAGGAUGAUGUAAAGAAAGUUAAAAAGUCAGGUAUUGUGUCUCCGUUCAAGCGGGUGUUUCUGAAAGGAGAGAAGGGGAGAGAUAAGAAGGCUUCGGAGAAGUCCACAGAGCGCAGGGCCCUCCACACGUUCUCUCUUUCUCUCCCGGACCACCGCAUCGACCCAGAUAUUCUGCUGAAUGACUACAUCGAAAAGGAAGUUAAGUAUCUGGGACAACUAACAUCAGUUCCUGGAUAUCUCAAUCCUUCCAGUCGCACAGAAGUUCUACAGCUUAUCGACAAUGCCAGGAAGUCUCAUCAGUUGGCAGGGCAGCUGACAUCAGAGCAGGACGCUGUUGUCAGUCUGUCUGCGUAUAAUGUGAAGCUCGUGUGGCGUGACGGUGAGGACAUUAUUCUCCGCGUGCCCAUCCACGACAUCGCGGCUGUGUCCUACAUCAGAGACGACUCACUCCACCUAGUGGUGCUUAAAACAGCUCAGGAGCCUGGAGGUUCUCCAUGUCACAGUACAGAGAUGUCAAAAUCUCCCACUCUGAGCUCUCUGUCAGAGAGUGGGGCCGUGCUGGUGGAGGUCUGCUGUCUGCUUGUGCUGGCCGUCGAUAACAAGGCGGCAGCAGAAGAGCUCUGCUUACUCCUCAGUCAAGUUUUCCAGAUCGUCUACACUGAGUCUACCAUUGACUUUCUGGACAGGGCUAUCUUUGACGGAGCCACAACCCCCACCAGACAUCUCUCAAUCUGUAGUGAGGACUCUUCCAGCAAAGAUGUCAAAGAAGUGUUUGAGGCGGAGACAGGCCCCUCCCCUUCCUCCAAUCCGGCCUCUUCACAAACCCUAGUAGUCAGUGAGAGUGAACUGAGUACAACGGCCGCUGAACUGCUUCAAGACUACAUGACUACUCUGAGGACAAAGUUGUCCUCUCAGGAGAUCCAGCAGUUUGCCACACUGUUACACGAGUACAGGAAUGGGGCGUCCAUCCACGAGUUCUGCAUCAACCUGAGGCAGCUGUAUGGAGAUAGCAGGAAAUUCCUCCUCCUUGGACUGAGGCCUUUCAUUCCUGAGAAGGACAGCCAGCACUUUGAGAACUUUUUGGAAACCAUCGGGGUGAAAGACGGUCGGGGCAUCAUAACAGACAGCUUCGGCCGUUACAAACGCACGGCGAGCUCUGCGUCAGACUCCACCACCAAUGGCAACGGGGCUGCGGGUGGCUCCGAUGAGGGAACGGCGCCCUCCGAGGGCGACGAGUGGGACCGCAUGAUUUCAGACAUCAGCAAUGACAUUGAAGCGUUAGGAAGCAGUAUGGACCAGGACGGUGUAUCAUCUUGAUGUCACGGCACUCAUAGUGGGUUUUAGCCAAUCACCACUUGAUAUAAUCACAGACCUUUGGCCCAUGUUGCUGUCUGUCAAAUCUGACAAUGCUGGAUUUCAAUACUGUACAAGGAUACUGUAUAGAGAUACCACUGUACGCCAUAUGAUCACAAUGUCAUCAUUGUGAUGUGCACAAGGAUCCUCUAUUGCUGUAGACAGCAGUUGUAUUCAUGUUUUUUUGGCAGUAUCUGCUACCACUAAAGACUGGGGCUGGUAGAUCUUCCUCUUUCAUGCUGAUUUGAGACCAGUUCAUCUGAGAUCUAAUUUAAUAGAUAAGUCUGUGCUUUGAGGGUCUUCUGAUCAGCGUAAUUGAGUUCAUUCUACCUGGAGUGUGGAGCAUUGCCAGGCGGCCUUCUCGAACCGUGUUCCAGAUGCCUUUUAAAUGCUAAUGUGUGUUUUGUAACCUGAUGGAAAGGAAAUGCAGUGUAUUUCCUCCGUACUAAAGUGUAAAUCAAAUCUUGACCCUCAGUUUAUUUCACACCCAUAUAUUAUCUUGUUACACUUUUUUUCUAUAAGCAUAUUUUUCACUCUUAAGUAUAGGAGUCUAUAUUGUCUUUAGCCAGGAUCGCUUAUAAAAAUGACCCAACUAUUAUCAUGUGGUUUUCUUCAGGUAGGAAAAUGUAGCACUAUAUAUUUUUGGUUUUGACUAAAAACUUGGAUAUUUGACAAGGUCAGUUUUCUGGCUGAAUGAGAAUGCAAUAUUCUGUACACUGCAUUAAAUCCACGUCUUGCCAUUUGUAUUCUCUUGAGUUUUCAGCAAUCUAACAUUUGUGCCUUGCAGAAUAACUGCUCAUUGUAUCAUCCAACAUGGAUGCGAGAAAUAUUCUGUCAUCUUUACAGAACGUGACUGAAGUACGAGUUCAUUAAAAAAAGUACAGCGCUUAAAUCAGUUUCUUACUGCUUAAUGUCUCAUUUGAACGUUUUAUAGUGAAACUGCACGGUUAUUUUACAAAAAUGCAUUUCUCAGCUUUAUCUUAUUACACAGUUUUUUUUGUUUCCUACAUAGCUACUUGAUCAUUACUGUGUUAACCCCUCCAUGCAUCAAUUUAUGACAAGCUUCUUUUAUUGCUUUAUUGUUCUUUAUUGUUUCCACCCUACAUACGUAAGUCAACAUAAAUGAAAAGCACUUAAAUGUUUAACAUUUUAAUACUAUUUUCAGAAACGGAUGUGUCCAUUUGCUAUUAA